GGAAGAUUACUAAAUAUCUGUUUCAUGAAGCAGCAACGAAUGCUUUAAGGGAAAUGACCCUGGAACCAAUGUCAUGACUUGCAUUGUUGUGAAGCAGAAGACAAAAAAGGGCAGCUCCUAUUUGCAUUACUGUGAAACAGCUUCAAGGAAAGUGACUCUCAACUUCUGCGAUCACUUUCCAUUGACUUGCCCAUUUUGAAUUCGUUUUUGCUUCAUAAUUCAUUGCUUCUCUUCUCAUAGAGGAUUACGAUAUUUUUGCACGGAGAUCAUCUGCUUGUUGCUACUAUUUGCUUGACUGUGCCUCUUUUCCAAAUUUAGUAAAGAUACUCAGAAAUAGAAGUAUCAAUUCACUGAAUCAGAAUUUUGGAUUAUUCUUCUUUUUCCUUGUGAAUUUUCCUGUCAACACUACUAGUUCUGAAGACCUUUGCACAUAAGGUUUUCACUCUAUCAAUACUACUGGUUUUCCUUGUUAAUUAUAUUUCAGUUUCUUCUGCUUAGAAAGUUUGUGCUUAACAAGGAGACAAGGAGGUCUGUGGAUCACUUUAAUUGACAUUUGGGCAUCUUCUUUCCAAAUAAUUUGAGCAAGAUAUCAGGGACGUGCAACCAUGGAUAUUGCUAUGAAUACGAUUGUUAAACACUGUGACAACCAUAGAAGCCUUGACCAGAACAUGAAGAAUCUAAGAAGAAAAUUGAAGAAUUUAAAUGCCUUGAAGGAAGACACUGAAUCAAAAAUGAGGGCAGAAAUGCAACCGAGGAAGAAACUCAAGAAACAAGUUCAUCUAUGGUUGGGAAAUGUUGAAAGAAUAAAUGGUGAGAUACAAAACCUUGAACAAGAAGUUGAGGAAAGCAGAGCUAUCUUACGUGGAUUUCACACGGAAAAUGUUUUGAAAAAGAAACAAGAAGUUGAUGAGCUUCUUCAACAGGGUAAGUUUGAUCAAGGUUUGGUAGUCGAUGACUGUACGUGGAUUGGACAAGCUUUGGCAACAACAACUUUAGUUGGGAAAGCUGCAGAGAACUGUAUGGAAGAAAUUUGGACAUGCUUGAUGGAUGAUGUCUCUGAAUUUAAUCUAAUAGAACUUUGGAUUGCCGAGGGGCUUGUGGAAGAUAUGGAUAGCCAACAAGCAGAGUUUGACGAGGGGUAUACCAUACUUAAUAAACUCAAAAAUAAUUGCUUGUUAGAAAAUGGUGAAUUUACCAGACAUGUCAAGUUGCAUGACCUCGUGAGAGACAUGGCACUAUGCAUCACGAGAUCACGAUUCCUGGUAAAAGCCAGCCUGCAAUUGAAAGAGAUACCACAUGUGCAAAAAUGGACAGAAGAUUUAGAAAAGGUUUCAUUGAUGAGUAAUUAUGGCUUGCGAAUUCCAUCACAAAUGUCACCACCAAAAUGCCAGAUGCUUAAAACUUUAUUGUUGCCCUUUUGCUGGAUAGAGAGUAUUCCAGAUUGUUUCUUUGAGCAAAUGAAGGGACUCAAAGUUCUUGACCUUUCUGGGAAUAAUUUUACAAUUUUGCCAAGUUCCAUCUCAAAUUUGGAAGCUCUCACUGUAUUAUUGGUAAGAGGAUGCCCUUAUUUAAGGAAGGUGCCAUCUCUCUCAAAACUUGAAGCUUUAAAGAAGUUGGAUCUCAAAGACACAGCAAUCAAGAAUUUCCCGCACGGGAUGGAAAGGUUGGUAAAUCUCAAUUAUCUUCAUCUGGAUGUGAAAGAAGUCCCUAGUGAAAUAUUAUCAAAAUUCUCAAGGCUGCGAAACUUGGGGGUAAGUUAUGCAUUUGUCAAAGGAGAAGAGAUAGGUGAGUUAAAGAAGUUGGAGUUCUUUGAAGGGAGGCUUUAUGACUUGAAUGAAUAUCAUACUUUUGUGCAAGCUUUGCAGAGUCGAGGACAAGGGCUUAUUCGAUACCGCAUGGGUGUGGGUGAUAAAAAAGUCUCUAGUGUCUGCCAAUGGGAUAAAUACAUUGAAUUAUCUCGUUGUAAGAUCUGUAGAAAUGGUGUCAAGUUCCCAUCCGAUCUUCAGCAAUUGAGAAUUAACUAUGCCAUUGUUGAUUUCCCUGAAGAAGAGGUGUUUUUCCCAUGGUUUAUCCCAACGCCAAAUGGCAAAUUUUCUUUUCUUAAAGAAAUUGAUAUAUAUAGAUGUAAAAAUAUAAAAAAGUUGUUCACGUAUUGUUGGGUGUUAAGUAACGUCCAAAAUCUGGAAGUGUUACGUGUUUGGAGAUGUGACCAAAUGGAGGAAAUAAUAGCAUUGGAAAUUGAAGAAGAAGGAAUGGGCAGCAGUAACAGUAAUACCAUCCAAUUUUCUCUUCCCAAAUUGAGGAUAUUGGACUUGUGUUAUUUACCGGAACUGAAAAGUAUUUGUAAUGCAAGUGGAGUAAUGGUUUGUGAUUCUCUUGAAGAGGUUCAUAUCCAAGAUUGCCCAAAUUUACAGAGGAUGCCUCUGUAUCUUCCCCUGCUUGAUGAUGGCCAACCAUCUCCUCCUCCCUCUCUUAAGACAUUCUUUAUAUCUCCAAAGGAGAAGCUGACAUCGAUGGAGUGGGAUCAUCCCAAUGCCAAGUCUGUGCUAGAGCCAUUUUUGAAAUACCAACGAAUCAUCAGAUCCUCACGAAUCAGAUUCUGAGUCAGAUCCAGAAUCAGAUGCAAGUCUGCCUAAUGAUGGCUAAUCAUCUCUGCCUCCUCCUCUCAACCGAAUCCUUUUAUCUUCAGGGGAAUAGUGGGAUUCGAAGAAGUAGACCAUCCCAAUGCCAAGUCUCUAUUUGAGCCAUUUAUUACGCACUGGAGGCUCUGAUUUGUAUAUCUCUCUCCUUAUUUGCCUGACA